AAAAUGGACAGAAAAAAUUGCUCCUCAUUGACUGAAUUUAUUUUCAUGGGAAUUACCAAUAAUCCUGAGAUGAAAGUGACCCUAUUUACAAUAUUUCUACUUGUUUAUCUCAUUAAUCUUUUGGGAAAUCUUGGAAUGAUCUUCUUAAUCAGAGUGGAUCCCCAGCUUCACACUCCAAUGUACUUUUUUCUCAGCCACCUCUCUUUCUGUGACCUCUGCUAUUCCACAGCAAUUGGGCCCAAGAUGCUGGUCGACAUAUUUGGCAAGAACAAGUCAAUUCCUUUCUUUGCCUGUGCUCUGCAGUUCUUCAUCUCCUGCACCUUUGCAGAUUCCGAGUGUGUCCUGCUGGCAGUGAUGGCCUUUGAUCGGUACAAGGCCAUUAGCAACCCCCUGCACUACACAGCAGAAAUGUCCAGCAAGGUAUGCUUCCUGCUCAUGGCUGGAGUUUACCUGGUGGGAACAGCAGAUGCUUUGUUACACACAACAUUGGCAUUCCGCUUAUGUUUCUGUGGGUCUAACGAGAUUAAUCAUUUCUUCUGUGAUUUACCUCCACUUUUCUUCCUUUCUUGUUCUAAUAUACAAGUGAAUCAACUAGUAUUAUUCACCAUUUUUGGUUUGAUUGAAUUAAGUACCAUUUCCGGAGUCCUGGUCUCUUAUGGCUACAUCAUCUCAUCAGUCUUAAAGAUCCGCUCUGCUGAAGGGAGGCUCAAAGCUUUCUCCACCUGUGCCUCCCACUUAACUGCUGUUGCAAUUUUCCAGGGCACCAUGCUCUUCACAUAUUUCCGGCCAAGUUCUUCUUACUCUCUAGAUCAGGACAAAAUGACCUCACUGUUUUACACCCUUGUGAUUCCCAUGAUGAACCCUCUGAUUUAUAGCCUACGUAACAAGGAUGUGAAAGCGGCCCUGCAAAAACUUAAAAAUAAAUGGUGUUUUUAA